GCAACAACCGGGAGCUCCCGGGUAUGGCCAGAUGCCAGGUCAUCAGCAGCAGUACCCACAGCAGGGUCCAGGAUCACCCCAAUACCCUCCCGGGGGAAUGCCAGCGGCGCCACAACAGAAACGUCUCGAUCCGGACAGUAUGCCCAAUCCUAUUCAGGUGAUGACCGAAAACCAGCGUUCAUGUGGUGGUGUUUUCGCAACAAAUCAAGCUGGAUUGGUUCCGCCUUUGGUGACGACCAAGUACGUUACCCAGGAUCAAGGUAACACCGGGCCUCGCUUCAUGCGAUCGACGAUGUACAAUGUCCCGGUUAACACGGACAUGAUGAAGCAGAGUGCGGUUCCAUUCGCGCUAAUCAUUUCGCCAUUUGCUCGGUUGGCCGAUAAGGAACUGGCGCCACCUAUUGUCAAUUUUGGAGAACUAGGACCGAUCCGUUGCAUCCGCUGCAAAGCUUACAUGUGUCCGUUUAUGCAAUUUAUCGACGGAGGUCGUCGUUUCCAGUGUUUGCUGUGCAAGGCUACUACCGAUGUGCCAGCAGAAUACUUCCAACACUUGGAUCACACUGGCCAGAGGAUGGACAAAUAUGAACGCCCGGAGUUGGUUCUGGGAACGUACGAAUUCGUGGCUACCAAGGACUAUUGUCGUAAUAAUGUAUUACCAAAAUCUCCGGCAAUGGUUUUCGUCAUUGAUGUUUCUUACAAUAACGUCAAAUCCGGAUUGGUACACCUUUUGUGUGCUGAGAUGAAAAAUAUAAUCCGCAAUUUGCCCAUCGAUGAGGGACAAACUCGGUCCACAAUGAAGGUGGGUUUUAUUACCUACAACAGUUCGGUGCACUUUUAUAAUUUGAAAAGUAACCUGGCUCAACCGCAAAUGAUGGUCGUUGGCGAUGUUCAGGAAAUGUUUAUGCCGUUGUUGGAUGGAUUCCUCGUCGAUCCGGAAGAGUCCAGCGCUCUGAUUGAUUCGCUCAUGGAACAAAUUCCGCGCAUGUUUGGGGACACGCGAGAAACCGAAACCAUCCUGCUGCCGGCCUUACAAGCUGGCCUAGAAGCUUUGAAGGCCUCCGAAAGUGUUGGCAAGCUUUACGUGUUCCACUCAUCGCUGCCGACGGCCGAAGCCCCAGGAAAACUGAAGAUGCGCGAUGAUCGAAAGCUGCUGGGCACGGAUAAAGAAAAGACCGUUUUGACUCCACAAUCAACCGUUUACAAUAUGUUGGGUCAGGAUUGCGUCGGUGCCGGUGUGUCAGUGGAUUUGUUUGUUUUCAAUAAUUCGUACAUCGAUUUAGCAACCAUCGGCCAAGUAGCGCGACUCACUGGAGGCGAAAUUUACAAAUAUACUUAUUUCCAAGCUGACAUAGAUGGUCAACGGGUUGUCAACGACGUGAUCAAAAACAUCUCGAGACCUAUCGCUUUCGAUACGGUGAUGCGUGUUCGUACAUCAACCGGUAUUCGACCGACAGAUUUUUACGGACACUUUUUCAUGUCAAACACAACCGAUAUGGAAGUUGCCAGUAUUGAUUGCGACAAAUCAGUUGCGGUGGAGAUAAAGCAUGACGACAAGCUCACCGACGAGAACGUUUUCAUACAGGUGGCUCUUCUGUAUACUUCUUGUUCCGGUCAGCGUAGGUUGCGCAUUCUUAACUUGAGUAUGAAAACCUGUAACCAGUUGGCAGAUUUGUUCCGUACAUGUGACCUGGAUACGAUGAUCUUGUUCUUUGCCAAGCAAGGCCUGUUCAAGCUUAUGGAAAACAAUCCAAAGGUCAUAAAGGAUUCGCUCAUCAGUCGUGCGGCCCAGAUCUUGGCCUGUUACAGGAAAAAUUGCGCCUCUCCAACUUCGGCCGGCCAGCUGAUUCUUCCGGAAUGUAUGAAGCUGCUGCCCUUGUAUGUUUCCUGCUUAUUGAAGAAUGACUCGUUUUCUGGUGGUUCUGAUCUGACCUUGGACGAUCGCUCUUACGUUAUCUAUUUUGUGAUGAGCAUGGAUCUACAAACCUCAGUACAGUUCUUUUAUCCACGGUUGAUCCCGAUCCACGAUGUCAAUGUAGAGGACUCGAAUAUGCCGGCUUCAAUACGAUGCACGGCUGAGAAGAUGAUGGAAGAUGGAGCUUAUAUUUUAGAAAACGGUAUUCAUAUGUUCAUGUGGCUCGGUCUCGGUUUGUCCCCGGAAUUCACUCAAUCAGUGUUUGGUGCCCAGUGCACGCAGCAGAUUGAUACCGACCGCACGGGUUUGCCAGUAUUCGAUAAUCCUCUUUCGAAACGGGUGAGGGCUGUUGUCGAAAGUAUACAAGCCGAAAAAAAUCGUUGCAUGAGGUUGACUCUGGUGAAACAACGCGACAAGCUGGAAAAUGUGCUGCGUCACUUUUUGGUCGAGGACCGUGGUAUGUCUGACGGGUCGGCCAGUUACGUAGACUUCCUCUGUCACAUGCACAAAGAAAUCAGAACCCUAUUGAGCUAGCUGGCUGGCAACGAAACUAGCUUCAGCAAUCGAUUUAGGAUAACCUCCAGUAGCAACAGCAGCAAUUGCGUCAACAACAAUAACAACAACAACUCUGUUUACAAAUCAAACAACAUCGGUUACUCUGCGCCGAAAUCGUCAAUGUUCAACAGUAACAACUAUCAGCCAGUUGAAACCACAACAACAACCUGCCAACAGCAAGUGCUUGCAGAUCUGAACGGUAAUCGAGUGGUUCCGGCAUUAUCCAUUGUUCAAAAAACUCAUUGCGGUGGCCCAUUUCUGCGGCGUCCACCUAGCAACGAUGGCGAUGACGACAAUGACACCAUCGAGGAAGAAGAUGAAAACGAAGAAGAAGACGAACAACUACAGCAACAACAUUCUUCGGUCCAACAGCACAGAUCCGCGUCGCCUGGCCGAAGUAUCUCGCAGAAUCGAACCAGAGCAUUGCGCUACCGUAAAGCAUUCAUGGGAAAGUGGUAGUAGUUUUAAACUGCUUAAAAAUUAUAUGAUUAUUUCUUUUUAGUACUUUACAAUUAUUUUUCCACUUUAGAGAUAUAUUAUACAAAAUAUUUAAUGAUAUGUGCGAGUUAAAAACCCCGUAACUCACUCCUGACCGAGACGCCUGGCAGUGUUCGGAAUAAGUGUUUUACCUGGAUGUUUAUAUUGGAUGUGAAAUAAAACAAUUAUCCCCCCAAAUUAAUAAAACACAGAUAUAUGUAGACAUACAGUACACACAUGAACAUGAUAAUUAUCAUAUGCAGCGAGUGACUAGCAGUUCGAAGGAGGAUCAAAACAAUAGCACUAUAUUAUCUCCGAACAUAGGAAAACAAAGGAAUGCGAAAUUUAGAAUUUGCAUUGUGUUAUUGACGACAAACAACUUAUUGAUGGGUUUAGGUACUAACUAUUGCGAGUGUAAAACUGUUUUAAAGUGGCGUUAACAGGAAAUCAUUCGAAUAAAACUUGAAAAAAUAUAGUAAAAUAUACGAAACUAUUAUUACAA